AUGGCUGAGGAACUAGCAGAUAUAUUACAAAGUUUUGAGCUUUCGAGUAAGGAGCUCCAGAUUACUGAUGUGGGGAGGGAUGAGCUUGCUAUUGGCAUCAGGGAGUGCCAAUGCAGCUUGAUAGGGAAGGUUGUGGGCGAAAAGAUUGCUAAUUAUACAGGUGUCAAGAACUUUGUCACCACAGCCUGGAGUUACCCUAGAGGUUUGAAAAUAGCAGAGUUAGGGCCGAAUACUUUCCAGUUCAUACUCCCUGGAGAAAAUGACAGAGAAAGAGUUAUGAACGGAGGGCCUUGGAUUCUGGAUAAUCAGAUGUUAGUGUUGAACAGAUGGUAUGAAGGUAUAGAGGAGGAUGAAACAGCCUUUAAACUGGCUCCAAUAUGGGUGCAAGUUUGGAAUCUCCCAGUGCAUUGGAUGUCCAAAGAGGCAAGGAGGAAAAUAGGAGCUGUAUUUCACCAAGUGAGAGAUGUGUUAAUCCCACAAAUAGGCGGGAAGGAGGGAAGACAUCUCAAACUUUCUGUACUGAUGGACAUUACACAACCUCUUCUGAGAGGAACAACAGUUAAGGUGGCAGGGAGUGCAAAAUGGGCUUGCUUUAAGUAUGAAAGGUGCCCAGACUUUUGUUAUAGCUGUGGCAGAAUAGGUCACAGUGAAAGAACAUGUGAUAAACCUUUGCGGGAAUAA